CACUUAGUACAACUGUUGGAUCAACGUGUGGUGCAACGCGCAAGGCGAGCCGCUAUUGUCCAUAACAUUUACCCCACCCCGCGUACCUGCCACGAUGUCUGCGAACAAAACCAUAACACUCCCUGUUUCGUAUGAAGCAUGUCAGCUGCCAAUGGUUAAACUGUCGCAUUAUCCCGUUGGCACAACCGAAUCGACACCCGUGAUCAUUGUGACUUUAAAUCGGCCCGAGAAAAGUAAUGCCUUCACCCCCGCGAUGGCGGAGAGCCUCGAGCAGGUUUUCCGAAUGUUUCAUCUAGACGAACGCGUCAAGGUGGUGGUUCUGACUGGUGCCGGGAAGAGAUUCUGCGCCGGAGCCGACCUCGACAUGGGAUUUGGGAAUGGGGCCGGCGAGAACCCCCAAGAUUAUCGGGACACUGGUGGCCGUGUCGCCAUAGCCAUCCACCGAUGCCAGAAACCUACGAUAGCUGCGAUGCAGGGUUCCGCUGUGGGCGUGGGCAUGACGAUGACACUGCCAGCUGCCAUUCGCAUCUGCCACGAGAAGAGCAAAUACGGGUUUGUCUUCACGCGACGGGGAAUCACCCCCGAAUCCUGCUCUUCUUAUUUUCUACCUCGCUUGAUCGGCCUGUCGCGGGCCAUGUUCCUCAUCUCGACGGGGGGCGUCUACCCACCCCAGCAGCGAUACUUUGGCGAUCUAUUCACGGAGACCCUCCCCGACGCGUCGCAGGUCCUUCCUCGGGCGCUGGAGCUUGCGGUCGACAUGGCCGAAAACGUCAGUCCGAUGGCGUUGGCCAUGGGUCGAUCCCUCCUCUGGGAGGGAGUGCAGUCGCCCGAGGAGGCGCAUUUGUUGGAGUCGAGGGUGUUUCACCAUAUGAUGGGGUUGAAGGACCAUCACGAAGGAGUUCUGUCGUUUAUGGAAAAACGGAAACCCGACUUCAAGGCGGACUUACAGAAUCACUGGCCGGCGAUUUAUCCAUGGUGGUAUGAGGCGGAUAUCGACCCGAAGCACGCGACAAAGGGAUCCAAGUUAUGAAAUCGACAUUUCUCUUUCUUUCUUUCUUUUUCCUUCUUCGUUUCUUCUGUUUCUGUAUGGCCCUUUUCGUUGUUUGGCUAUUUUUUUCUUGGUUUUUUUUCCUGUCUUUCCUGCACCGAGGGAUACUUUAGAGUUGAGGAACUCGAGUGUACAUGUUUAGACACCCACGUGCGUGAAAAAAUUUCAGC